GAUCAUCAUGACUGUCGAGAGGGGCUGUGCUAGGAAAAGUGGAAAAUCGAGUGCUUGCUGCGUUUGUUAAACGGCCAGUUAGUUAUGUUUCGCUCGUUGCUCUCCAAAUAUUAUAGCCAAACGUAUCAAAAUCGAAUCUCAAUUCACAGCUUGUGCUUCCCUCCUAUGCGUGAGCUAUAAGGCGGUCCGCUGGAGGGUUAGUGAUACGGUUGGGUUUUUUUCCACUGGCUAAUUUGGCUAGCCAUGCUAACGCUAGCUGUUUAGCUUUGUUUACAUCAAGUGCGCGCCUGUGCUCGGUUAGCUAAUUGCUAACCAAACACAUUUGCGGUCGUAGCAGCAGCUCGUUGUUCAGUUCUACGUCGACGAGGAUGCAUCGCUGCAUUGAAAACCGGCUCUAUGGCCAGCAUUGACCACCCCGUGCUCUGUGUAACGUCCGGGUGCUGUCGCAAGCUAAGGCUAACUACAUAAAAUGCUAACCUCACUAUCGUGGUUGUGUGGUCGUUUCAUCCGCGGUUAGUCCUCGGCAGCAUUUGGGAAUAAUGUGAGUAGUUGAAACACGGGGCAGAAUAUCAGAUACUUUAUUUGUGGUUGGACAGGUCUCGUUGGUGAAUAGUACAGCCCGCUGACCGGUGAUGCUACCUUCAGCUAGCCACUUGCCAAGCUAACGUUGUGCGCCUUUCUUGUUCGCUGUCUGUUAUUGUGCUUCACGUUGAGUCGUAUGUCUAAAAUGACACACUGGAGUUACUGAAUGUUGCACCGCUAGACCAUAUCUUUGUUUUUGUUUUUUUACACCCUGAGACUUAACUUGAUCCUUAGCUCUUUUAUAGCCAGUGGCUGGAUAUUUUUUUUUUACCAGACCGUGUUUCCUUGAGGCUGCGGAGUGCACCGCUAUGAACCCGGUCAAUGCAACGACUCUGUACGUGUCCGCCAGCCGGGCCGUGCUGCAGUGUGACCCGCGGCAGCCUCGCUCCUUCACAGACAUGUACACACUACUGCCCUUCUUCCGACAGUCCCUCGCAUGCCUCGUCUGUGGUAAACUGCUUCAGGAUCCAAUUUCCCCUACACAUCAAGAGUGUCAGCAUUAUGUCUGCUUGGGCUGCAAAGGUCAACAGAUGCAGGUCAGGCCAUCAUGCAGCCGCUGCAAGGACUAUUCCUGCUUCCAGGAGAACAAACAGCUCUCCUUGCUAGUUCAGUGCUACAGGAAGCUGUGCCUCUAUGUAACUCAUUCGCCAUUGCUGCCAUUGGUCAGCAGCCACACAGAAGGAUCUCCAGAAGUGAUGGCUUUGCUCGAGGAAGUGCUCAUGUCACACGAAGAGGAAAUAGAUACAGAGGACCCAAUUCUAGCACAGACAGAUCUGACUCCCUCGGCGCCUGAGUCACUCACCCCCACAGAGGCACCACCUGUUCCUGCAGAACUUUCAGCUGUACCACAGAGCUCUUCCUCUGACCCUCCCUGUUCCAAUGGACCACAGGAAUGCAAUGGGGAGGUGUUUGAGGAUCUAGAUCCCUCUUCGCCUGAGCUGGAAGUAUGUGAGCUGGUCGAGGAACAGCCACAGACAGGUCUGUCUGUUUCCAGUACUGAUUGUGGUGGUCUGGAACUGAGUCUGACCACUGGAACUUUAGCCCCUACUCCAGGCACUAUGUGCUCACUCAGGGAUGGGGAAUCAGGCAGCAGGGAGCUGGAGGAGGGGGAGGUGUUGCUCCUCAGUGUGGAGGAGGUGUUACAGACUUUGGAUCCACUACAGCCCAGUCGAGAUUCUUCGCACACAUAUCCAGACAGGAUGCACGCUCACACACACAUAGCCACGGACAGAGCACAUGCUCAAAUGUACAUACAGCUGGAUGCAGCUCAUAACUACACACAGAUUCAAACAGAGAGGACUAACAUUGUGACAAGCCAUGGUGCUCAUAUACACACGUCCUCUUUCGAUCCUCCCCCGAUGUCCAUGCCCUCGCCUGUCCGCCUUAACCGCAAACGAUCACAUUCAGAGAGUGACAGAGAAAAGGUGAAUCCUCUCCCUAUCACCUCCAUCCUACAGGGCUCAUCCUCACAUUUACACACUCCAAACCCUUCUCAUGCACCCCACACACAACCACCCACACCCUCAUUAACAGUACCAGCGCACACCUACUCAUCCCUUCCCAAUGGUGGGCCUCCAAAGCCCAGCCGCCCGACACCCAACCACAGUAAAAGUUCCAGGAAGCAUGUCGAUCCGGGCCCUAAGAAGCUGCACGUCAAGGCCCGCAGCGGUGGUGGCUCCAAGACCAAGGACCGGAGCAAAGAGCAACGGUUGAUGUCAGGCUGCCUGGUGUCUCCAGCACCUGUCAGACCUCCAUACAAGAAGCCGGUGGAAAAGAAGGGUUGCAAGUGUGGCAGGGCAACACAGAAUCCCUCGGUGCUUACCUGUAGGGGGCAACGCUGUCCCUGCUACUCAAACCGCAAGGCAUGCUUGGAUUGUAUCUGUCGAGGUUGCCAGAACUCUUACAUGGCCAAUGGCGAGAAGAAGCUCGAGGCCUUCGCCGUGCCGGAGAAAGCCUUGGAACAGACGCGGCUCACGCUCGGCAUCAACCUCACCAGCAUCACGGCGGCUGCUGCUCUCCGCAACCCGGCAACCACCAGCAUUCGUGCAAACACCCUCCUCAACGUCGCCACAGCAACGGGAACCCCCGUGACCACCGCCUUCCUGUCCCAGAGUCCCCCACAAGAGCCCAAUUACGAGGACAGCCUGGAGCUGCUGAUUGGAUGAGAGGCUGGGACUCCAAAAAACAAACAAACAAACAAACAAACACACAGCUCGGUGCUGAUUGAAUGUGACAGCUGUUCAUUGCGUCUGUCAGACAACCUGUACCUUCCACCCCCCACCGGGGAGGAAGUCUAAGGCAGCUAUAGGUCUGUCCUGUCCUGUAACCUGCUCUUCUUCUGUGUUGGAAAAUGCUGAGUACUAAGACUAGCAUGGGUGUGCCAAAGCCUCCUGUAUUGUGCCUGUGUGCCCGUGUGUAUUGUUGCCUGUCUGUAGUUUAAACACUUAUACUCGGUUACACAGCUGUUUUGUACUUCAGAGGUGCUUUUUGUUUAUAUAUCACAUACAUACUGUAAGAGGCAAUAGGAACCCAUACCAGGUCUUGUGUUUUCUGUAUGUGUGCGUGCAUGUCUGUCUGAGUGAGUGAGUGUGUGUGCGCAUAUUGACAACAAUACUCUCCGUCAUCAUAUCUCGGUUACUUGACACAGCAUUUUCCAUGUUUCCGUAUUAGUCCCAUGUAUGUUUAAGAAGUGCGUCCGUUGGUAUCAGGACAGCCCUUAUUAACCCUCGACCAUGUAUGUGUUCUCACCUUAAUUGUGAACGACUCUUGUGACUAUUGUGAACCGUUCACAUAAGACUUGUAUGCCUUCUCUAUCUCAUUUACAAUCCAAGUACUGUUGGCUGUUGAUGAUUUUUGUCUUAACGGACUUGACUGAUGCGGGCAUUGUACAGGCAGCAGGACGAUGUCCGAGCACUUGGCUGACUCCGCGGUUCCCCUCUGUAUGUCAUUUAAGCUGUUUUCAGACAUGAACUCCACAAAAUGUCCGGGAAACUGGGGCUGGACAUUUUCUGGAGUUUGCGGGGGGGGUUGGGGGGAGUUACAUGUGAAGAACGCAGCAGGAGAUUCGUAACCGCACGAGGCGAGACGUUUCUCGGGUCGACCGUGCAGAAUUUAAAUGAAUGUCCUGCUGUGUUUUCACGUGGCCUCACUUUUUUCAGAAAAUGAACAGGGGGUGCAAGUAGCGGGAAAAAAUGUCCAGAGCGACAUUUGCGUUGCCACGAGCGACCCCCCUCCGGACGGUUUCAGGGAAAUGUCUGAAAGCACCUUAUGUGUAUGUGUGUAUGUGACGUGCAUGUAUAUGUACUCCUGCUGAUGUUUGAUGUAAUGUCAGCGGGCGGGCGAGUGAUAAAACUGCGAGCACUUAAGUCUAAGUGAUCGGCAAGAAUGACAACUGAAACCUUUCGUGGUUACCAUAGCAAUAGGAACACCAACCAGGAGCCUCCCAGCUCUCGUGCACACACACACACACACACACACACACGCACACAGUUGUUUACCAUUAUUAGACUAUAACUAGAACAAUUGAAACUGUUAUCUUUUGAUUAUGGGAUUGUACACAACUGUGUGGUUAGAUAAACUAAAGCCAUAGGUUGUCAUUAACGAGACGAGAAACCCUCUGCAUUUACAUCAUCGUGCCCUGACUGAUUAGAGCCUGUUUUUGAUACCAAGUGUUAGAGAUUUGGUAGCACUCUCUUUUGUUUCUGUGUGCGUGUUUUGGUUCAAGCACCUUGAGUCCCUCCUAUAACCCACGAGGCCGUGUGUGUCGUCCGUGUUUGUGUUUACCGUCUCAGCUGUUCCUACCACAUGUUUUUCACUUCAGUCAUGGUGACCAAAAAGACUGAAGGAGGAGAGAGAGAGAGAGAGAGAGAGAGAGAGGACUCAGGCAGACCAAACAAACGCCUAGGUUCUCUGCUCACAGUACAGGAAGUAGCAGGUGGAUUACAGUAUGAUCUAUCUUCCUACCUUUGACUGUGUUUGUGUGUGUGUAUAUGUUUCAAAAUGUGUUUCUUUUGGGC